AUGAAUGUAUUGAAAGGCACUCAUUGUACAUAUACAGAUACAGCUGAAGACUCGAUCAAUGUUUUAACUAAUCUAAAUAACAAAAAAAUUGGAGGAAAACAUAUAGCAAUACGCUAUGCAAAGCAUGUGGAUGCAGUUGAUGAUGGAAAAUCUUCGAAGCAUGUAAAAAUUCCAGCACUUGCAGCAGGAAGCGUUUCUAAUUUCUCACAAGCUGACAAGAAAAGUAAAAUUCAAUUAAUAGAAGAGCAACUUAAAAAUCUUCAGAACUCAUCAAACGAUUUCGAAAUUAAUUUGAACAAAAAUAUUCAACCAUCUGAGCCACUUAUCAAGAAAUAUCAGUACAAUAAAGAUAAUCCAACAACAAACAAUAGCAGAUAUAAUUAUCAAAAGCGAAAAAGAAAACAAUAUUAA